CCUCCUCCUCCCGGGGCCGCGGGCUCGGCGGGCUCCCCGGCCUCCUCCUCCUCCUCCUGCCCGUCGUUCCCUCCCGCGGCCCCGGGCGGCGUUGGCGGCGGCUGGACGAAGCAGGUGACCUGCAGAUAUUUCCUGCAUGGGGUGUGCAAAGAAGGGAACGGCUGUCGCUAUUCCCACGACCUGUGUGCCGGUCAGUCGUCCAUGGUUUGCCGCUUCUACCAGCGAGGCGGCUGUGCCUACGGAGACCGCUGCAGAUAUGAACACACCAAGCCCGCGAGGCAGGACGAGCCAGCCGCCGCCAAACCCCAGCCCCCGGCGGCCCCCGCUGCCCCCUCGGCCCUCCCGGAGCCCCACGGUGACCCCGGACGGGCGAGCCCGGCUCCCACCGGGGCCAAGGCCCAGGCCCGGGCCGAAGACUGGGUGAACGCCGUGGAGUUCGUGCCCGGCCAGCCGUACUGCGGCCGCGGGGCCCCGCCCUGCCCCGGCGCCCCCGGGCCCGGCGCCGCGACCAAGGAGGAGCCGGAGAAGCCGCCGCCGUCGGCCGACAUGAAGAAGCAGCUGUGCCCCUACGCCGCGGUGGGAGAGUGUCGCUACGGGGAGAACUGCGUCUAUCUCCACGGAGACUCCUGCGACAUGUGCGGGCUGCAGGUCUUGCACCCGGUGGACGCCGCCCAGCGGUCGCAGCACAUCAAGUCUUGCAUCGAGGCUCACGAGAAGGACAUGGAGCUGUCGUUCGCCGUCCAGCGCAGCAAGGACAUGGUGUGCGGGAUCUGCAUGGAGGUGGUGUACGAGAAGGCCAACCCCAGCGAGCGCCGCUUCGGCAUCCUGUCCAACUGCGGCCACGCCUACUGCCUCAAGUGCAUCCGCAAGUGGAGGAGCGCCAAGCAGUUCGAGAGCAAGAUCAUCAAGUCCUGUCCGGAGUGCCGGAUCACUUCGAACUUCGUCAUUCCGAGCGAGUACUGGGUGGAAGAGAAGGAAGAGAAGCAGAAACUCAUCCAGAAAUACAAGGAGGCCAUGAGCAACAAGCCGUGCCGAUACUUCGACGAAGGGCGUGGGAGCUGCCCGUUCGGCGGGAACUGUUUUUACAAGCACGCCUACCCUGACGGCCGCCGGGAGGAACCUCACAGGCAGAAAGUGGGCACGUCUGGCAGAUACAGGGCCCAGCGGAGGAACCGCUUCUGGGAGCUGAUCGAGGAGCGGGAGGGCGGCGGGCCGCCGGACCCCGACGAGGACGAGGUGGUGACCUUCGAGCUGGGCGAGAUGCUGCUCAUGCUCCUGGCGGCCGGCGGGGACGACGAGCUGACCGACUCGGAGGACGAGUGGGACUUGUUUCACAACGAGCUGGACGACGACUACUACGACCUGGAACUAUAGCCGGCCGGCGGGCAGGAGGGGCCCGGGGCCGCCGGACCCGCGCCCGCCCGGGGCCCGCCUCUCCCGCCCCCUCCCCCCGGAGAACGUGUGGGUCUGCGCGUGCGUGCGUGUACGUGUGUGUGG